CUUGCCUUGGUGGUGGUUCUCUUGCCUUGGUGGUGGCUCAAGAGAAUGCCCGGGCGUGCGUCCACCUACCGCCGCGUGCCCCAAGAGGACGACGUGCCAGCGAUCUCGCGCGCUCCGCACUCCGCCUAUGCCCUGCUCGACUGCUCCGAUGGGUCAUGGAGCCCAGAAACGCUGCGUGGGUUGCUGACUGAUUCUGGCGCCUGGGAGCCUUCUGCUGACCUGGACGCAGUCUCGCAUAUCGAGGACGAGCUUGUCAAGAAGCGUCCGCCUCAAUUCUUCCUCGCCAUAAUUUUCUACGCUUCGCGCUCGCCAGGACCUUAUGAACAAGCCGAGGCUGUGCUGCGCGUUGCGUUGCCUCCACUACACGCCUCGCAGAGGUGCCUGUAUGCACUCGCAGAUGAUACCCCCUGCCUUAGAGGAGGCAGGCUGUCCACUGAACGUUCAAAAGCUCAAGAUAAGUAUCUCGGCGACCUGACGGGCGGGUGGAGCAGUCUCGCACAGGGCGAGCCACUCGGCGUCGUCGAACGGACGGCGCGAGGCCGAGUGCACGUCACCACCGCAGACGCCAGCUCAGUCAGCAAGUGGAACAUCCGAAGGAAGAGGUGUCUCGCCCCGCCGUGGAAGCCACUAUCCGAGUCGCCGUCGCAAGUCGAGCGUCCCCUUGAUGCAGCCGAUGCUUUGCCUGCAACGAGCAAGUUUCCCUGGCCGAGCCAGUCCAACCGCCAGACAGCAGUCGAUGCCGUGGCUCAAUUUGUCCAGGCAGACACAAGCACGAGCCGGUAUCUCGUCUGUCCAGAGUCGGCAUUCGGAUGGGAUCUGGACCUGCUCCAAGAUCUCAUCAACGAUAGCCUCGAAAGCCAGGCGACAGGAAGCAGCUCUUCUCGGCUGGGCUCCUUCCUUGCCUCCUUUGGUCCCAAUUCUGCCUUUCGCUCGGCACAGAUCCAAAUCGAGUCAAAGCAACCUGCAGCCGCAAUCCGCGCCAUUGAAGGAACUUGGCGGAGAAACCUGCUCGGAAGAAGCUUCAAAAUGUACACCGAUGGCUUUAUUGUGUGCGCCUUCAUCGGCGGCAUAUUAUGGGUGUGCCUUAUGAUUGGCCUCUUCACAAUCAAGGCGCUCGCGAUCAACGUGCUCGCUGUGGUGCUGUCCCUUCUGCCUGUCGCCUUGGCCUUUGCCCUCUUCCCGAUGUGCGAGGACCGAGGCACGGUGCAUGAAGGGAUUGGUGUCACGUGGGCCCUUUCGCGAUGGUCCCAGACGCCCUUCGCGGCCGAUGACGAGGGCCUCGAGCCCAUCAGCAAGGACGACGUCCUCGCGCGUCUCCCGGGCGCCGUCGACGCACGCGUGCAAGACAAGAGCUGGUACGUCCUGUAUGGAAAUAGCGAAGAGGACUGGUGGGCCCAAAAUGCCGUCAUAAUUCUCAACGCCCUCCGGUCCGGACGCCGGGGAGCCCUCUUCCUGGACGAGAUGCCCAGAGGUCUUGGUCAGCAAGGUCACCAGGGCCAUGAGCACAGGUCCCAAAGCCAAGCAGUGGCAUCUAGCUCUCGUGAAGACCCCUUGGGACUGCCGCCGAUGUACAGCCACAAUCUGCACACCCGAAGCGACGACAGGCGGGAUGAUAAACAUCAAGCCUCAGACGACGACAUUGUAUAGCGAUGCAAGCCUCAGACGGCGAUAUUGUUAGCGAUGCAAGCCUCAGACGGCGAUAUUGUAUAGCGAUGCAUCGCAACACUGCAUGCAAUUGUAAAGAGGGUGG